UCUGCAGCUGCUAGCUUCCACUAGCACUGCUGAUCGAGUUGAAGCGAAGCUAUUGUCGAUUGAAGCGUUCUGUACAGAAAGAUCCAGAAUCUGCUCAUUUUAACCUUCCGCGCAACUAUGAAUGGAGGUAAUUGACUGUAAGGCUGUGGAAAUGUAAUCUUUUAAAGGUCCUUUCUUUCGCUAACAAGUAAUAAGGGUAUUAUAAAUUCCAUGUGCACGUCGGAUUUGAACCUCGCAGUUCAUCCACAUGGUUUAAUUAAAUGUCCACACAGCUUCAGCCGGCGAAGGGUUAAUCGCAGAUUAAAGGAAGCAAGGAGCGAAGAGCAAACGCAGCUAGGUCCGAAUGCUGAGCCGUAAUAGGUUUAACUUUGGAGUAAUUUCAACCUUGUUUCUCUCUUUUCAUCGCGCACAAAACGACUUUCUUCCUCUGUUGUGAAUCGUUAUGCAAGCGCGUACUUGCACACUUAAGCUGAGACUGAAUUAAGGCAUUGCUGUCAUUUAUUGAAUUAACUUUAAGCUCCUUCAUGUAGAUUGUUGUUUAAGGAGGAAAAGGUAAGCAAUUUAGUUGUAGUUCAACUUACAAUCUACGGAUAGUCGAUUCGCGAUCAUAUGAUUAUUUCAAGCUUCAGUUACUUCGCGAGACCUUAAAUUGUUCAAUUUGCAAAUAGGAAUUUUCGCAAACAACUUACAGUACUAAGCGUUGCUCACGAAGUAAAAUGAAAAGGGAAGCGAAGGUCUUUCGAAAUAAUAGUUUUACCUCUAACACGCUGUUAGUAUAGAUGAUAUAUAAUAUGUCGUAAAGAGCAGGUUCUGCACAAUGCAUUUCGAUUGCAUAAACAUUUCAACAUUCGACGGUCUAUUACUAUAAAAAGCUAAAACUACACUUAACGUACUUUGUAUAAGAAAUGAAAGCGGCAUUACGUAUCUGUUAAAAAACUGUAUAACAGGAGUAUAAACAAAGGGAUGCGGUACAUCGUUUUUUUCAGAUGACAAGGGAAAAACGAUAGGUCAACAAGAGAUCUAUUUCUAAAAUAAUUCACAUACACGCGAUGUAAUUUUAAUUUUAAACAGGCUCAGGAUAAUAAGCCUUCGAGACUUUAUAAUUUAUUCUCUUACAGCACCGCUGCCCUCCCUUCCAUAAUUGGUGUACGUGUCCUUGUGUUAUACGUAACCUAGUAGCCUCAAGACAGAAAAGAUUUGGAGAGAUUAAGAUCCUCCUCACCAGACUGUCCUCCAUUACACCGUUGUCUUUUUUUUCACAGAUCACUGCAAAUGUGGUCCGGGCUAUGCCUCCCCACAGGACGCUAUGAAAGGUCCUAGAGAGAAAUUAUUGUAUUUACCAUGCAUCCUGAGUAACACGGGGAUACAAAAGCCGGACUAUCUUGCCACUGUUGAUGCAGAUCCAGACUCCCCUAAUUACAGUCAGGUAAGUAAACAUUGUCGUUCACUCCAGAUUAACAUUAGAAAUCCCACGGUCUUCUACUCAAUCUUUUCUUCUUCAGUUAAAGUUUCGUGUUUUGACUCAGGGACUUCAAGGAGAGCAGAUAACGAAGGGCGAACGGUUCCUGCUGCUUGGCUUUGAAUUCGAUCCCAGUAAAAACUAGUGUCUAAUUUGGUGAGGCGAUCUUUCAUUCUUUAGUUUUCUCUAAGCUCUCAAGCGGAAUUUAAGCAGGCAAAAAACAGCUUAAACAUGAAGAUUAAUUAAGAGUAGAGAAAAGAAAAUGCUGAUAAGCAAAAAUUGAUUGAAAGGUUAAUUUCAUUUUGCAAUUAAUUUAUAAUUUUUUUGAUAGGUUAUUCAUCGCUUGAAGGUUCCCUAUAUAGGAGACGAGUUGCAUCACAGUGGCUGGAAUGCCUGCAGCAGGUCAGUUGGUCUCAAGAAGAAACUAGGGCCUUCAUUCUGUUGGCACACUGAAGAAUAAAUGAACACUGAAUGUAGCGAUUGUGAUCAUUGCUUUUUUCUACCUCAAUUGCAUUACUGAAGACGAGGACGUGCCUAACCAGUCACACCUCGGUUGUAAAACUUGGAAAGUUAUCAGUUGGAUCCAAUUUUUUUUCAAUUUUAAACAAAUUCUAAUAGGUUAGCAAUAAUCAUGUACUGAUGGUGCGAGCGUUUCAGGAGCGUUACAGGCGGUAGUAAAGAUCUUAAAGGCGGUAGUAGAGGUCUCACAAGCGGUAUUGGAGGUCUCACAGGCGGUAGUAAAGGUCUUACAGGCGGUAGUAGAGAUCUUACAGGCGGUAGUAGAGGUCUUACAGACGGCAGUAGAGGUCUUACAGGCAGUAGUGGAGGUCUUACAGGCGGUAGUAAAGGUCUUACAGGCGGUAGUAAAGGUCUUACAGGCGGUAGUAAAGGUCUUACAGGCAGCAAUAGAGGUCUUACCAGCGAUAGUAGAGGUCUUACAAGCAGUAGUGGAGGUCUUACAGGCGUUAGUAAAGGUCUUAGGCGGCUUUUAAUGAAACACCUGAAACUGUGUUCUAUUUCAGCUGCCAUGGAGAUCCCAACCAGAAAAGAAACCGCUUGAUUAUGCCGUCUAUUACAACCAGCAGGAUCUACAUUGUUGAUGUUGAAUCUGACCCAAGAGCGCCGCGUAUUCACAAGGUAAGGAUAACAAAGGAAUUACGCUCAUCUGAAUCGCCGUGAUUAGUGCGUCUCAAGCUGUAGCCUUUCCGGCACAAUUGAUUGCCAGCCAAACUGUCCAUGCGUGUGAACAGUUUGGUUCGGGCCAUUUUAGCUUUUGAUUAGCCUUCUGCGCGUUCCUCAAUUCUAUGUUGGAAGCUAGCUUAGAUGAGGUGGAUGAUAACUUUCUCUGCCGCAAGCCUUUACAGAGAUGACCUUAUCAUAGUUUCUAGGUGUUCUCGAUAGCCUAGUUGUCCGCGCGCAGUCUGGAAAGAUACGGUAAGUCUCUCGAUACUGUCUUGGCCCACGAUAGCUCAUGCAUCAUGGGAAAUAUAAUGGAAUCUACUGCUGUUCUGAGGUAGAUCACCGCUUUAACUUCAAAUGAAGAACAACGCUUGAAACAUUUUGACUUACAGAUUGUUGAACCAGAGGAAGUAUUUGAGAAGACAGGCCUGGCCUACCUUCAUACAUCACACUGCCUGGGUAGUGGCGAGAUCAUGAUCAGUGCCUUAGGUUCGCCGGAGGGAAAAGCCGAAGGUAUUGGUGUAUAUAAUGACUCAAACAUUACGUCACUUGAGCCAACGGUAGGAGAUUACUCUUUAUUUCCAAUAAAACUGUAAGGCUUGAAAAGGCUUACAACCUGAAAAUAUUUCGCCAUUAUUUUUAAGGAAUUUGUCACAUUCCCACGAAUGAAAAUAUUCAACAAUGAUUUAGUCAGUCUAAUAUUCGUAUUUCAGUUGACCCUGGACCGCUCUAUUCACUGAAAUUCGUUUUUCAACAUGAAAGUCCAGUUAAAAAAAGGAACAUUAAUCAUGAUAUCAUUAUUUCAGGGGGCUUUGUUAUUCUGGACGGCAAGACUUUCAAGGUCAAAGGACGUUGGGAAGGUGGAAGUGAAAACGCAGCACCCAUGGGAUACGACUUUUGGUAUCAGCCUCGACACAAUGUAAUGAUUAGCUCUGAGUGGGGAGUGCCAAGCGCCUUAGAACUUGGAUUUAAGGUUGAGGACGUGGCUGCAGGUUAGAAAAUUGGAAUGAUCAAAAGUAAGAAAGUGAACGCGACUGAAUCUUAGUAUCAGUAGAAAAUAAAGGGGCAAAAAUUCGAGUGACCCACAAAGCCGAUAGAAAAUUCUAUUGAGACUAAGAGCGUUUAGUUCAUUCCCUGGUUUGUACCUGUUUUUAAAGUCGUAAUUAGGGGGAUGCGUUGGCAUGAUAUUGCUAGGACGCUGGACUCCUGAUCUGAGCCUGAGUAGUUGUUUUGUUCUCACACUACCUCAGUCUAACCAAGAGUAUCGAUGGGUAUGAAUUAGCUGUAGGGAACCAUUUGAAAGUGUAGGAAUAAGUUAAGAAAGUUGUCCUUUACCAUAGUCCAUUUCAGGGGGAAAAACAACAAACGUAGAGUGAAUCCGGGAUGAGCUUCGGUAGGAUGAGCCAUGUUGCUCGUGUGCAGAUUGUGUAUUUGUCCGUUCGUACGUUCCUUCUCUCGCUCAUACUUUCAAUCGAUAAUUCCCUUUAGUACACUUACAUUUUACUAGUUUACUAGUGCUUACAGCUUUCGUUUUUCGCAAUCGUUUGCUACUUUUUGUCUUCAGGAAAAUACGGGUCGCAUUUGCACGUGUGGGACUGGAACGAACGAACCAUAAAACAGACCAUAGACUUAGGAAUGGGUACGAUUCCUCUAGAAAUCAGGUUCAUGCACGAUCCUGAUCAGACGCAAGGAUUUGUGGGGUGUGCAUUGAACAGCACCGUUGUGAGAUUCUUUCAAAAUGAGGUGAGUGUUCGUUAUAUAUGUUACGACACAGUUUUCUCUCAAGGUGCGCCCUCUAAGUAAAUCGCAGUUAUUUGGAUAAAACUAACAAAUGUUCCCAUCUAGGAAAACAAUCGACGGUUGAACCAGAUUAAGCAUAAAAUUUUGUUAAUUUUGGGUUUGUGCGCAAAAUGAUGAAAAUAAUUUGUGUUUUUCAAUAAUUCAACCGUGAUUUGAUUUUUAAAAAACAAUUUUAUCAAAUAAAUAAAUACUGAAACCCUUUUAAUACAUUUUAUUCUCUUGUCUGGACAAAUAGAGUAUAACCUCUUGGUUUGAGGUGUGUAGGUACUGCAAGUUCAUUUUAUAUGAAUGAACAAAGUCUGAUUUGUAUAGAGUUUCUCUCAGUGCAGGUUUCAUCAGCAUCGAAUAAAUUGCUCUAAUCAAAUUAUGUUGAACCAGGCAUUACCAAUUAAUUGAAAACGCUAAUUUUAAACGUUUAGGAAAAGACUUGGAGUGCAGAGACCGUAAUCAAAGUCCCAGCUAAGAAAGUGGAGGGCUGGGCUCUACCGGAAAUGCCAGGUGGGUCAGACUUAAUGAUUCACGUCUCAAAAUAAUCCAACUGAACUUGUUGAGGCUUUCUACAAGACGUUCAAAUAAUGCGUUUGUUCGUAACUUCUAUGAUAAUUUGUCACUUAAAAAUUGGAAAUGUAUAGAGAAAUAAACGAAUGAACGAACUAAUGGAUGUGAUAACACACAAAAGAAAAGAAGAAGGGAAGAGCAUUCGAAAGCCGGAAAUAAAAUGCAGUUGGAUCUUUACUUGCUACUCUGAGGAAACGUAUCUUAGCGAGGCGGUUUCCUUUCCACAGGUCUGAUUACAGACAUUCUUAUCUCGCUCGACGACAAGUACUUGUACUUCGGCAACUGGCUGCAUGGAGACAUCAGGCAGUAUGAUAUCACAGACACUAAGAAUCCUAAACUAGUAGGCCAGGUAAGAACAUUAUUGAUUAAAAUACUUGAAAGCCAAGGCAGUGAGAAGGAUCUUCGCUCACGUACUCUCUUACACCCUCUGACACCGAUCCUCUUAAUGCCACUUGAAUAUGUAAAUUGGGAAAUAUCUUAGUUGCUUCAAGGAGGCUCGGAAAAGUAUUGUUGCGUCUUUAUACCUCCGAAAGUAGAAGUAGGAGAAGUUAGUACCCUUUGUUCUGGGCGUCUUUCGCUUGACGUGUUAACCCUGCGCCGACUAAGUUUUGGCUCAUUGUGGCUGACUCCCACGAUGGACAAAGAAGGGGAGAAAGGAAUUCUCGUUGUCUAGUCCAAAGAACAAUAUUACUUCCGGAGUUGUAAAGCUAUAAAUGCAUCUUAAGUUUGUUUUAAUUAUGAAAUUUCACACAAAACCCUUAAAGACAUUACGCCUGGUUUUUUGAACUUUCAUCAGAUAAAUCGUCGUAAGUGUCCUCAAACUCCGUUGGACAGCAAUAUAUCUUGGGAACUCUUGUGAUAUGGGCUAUGCAUCACUCGAUACUUACGAUAACUGGUGAACAUUGGUCCGAAAGAUUUAUUUUCUUCGUGCCUCCUUGGGGUUCUUAUUGUGUUCCAGGUGUUUGCCGGAGGCAGCAUCGUCAGUGACGGACCAGUGAAGGUAAUUGAGGAUUCUGAACUAAGCGCACAGCCUGAGCCAUGUUACGUAAAAAGGAAGCGAGUUCAAGGAGGACCGCAGAUGAUUCAGCUGAGUUUGGAUGGAAAACGGCUUUACGUCACAACAUCACUAUACAGCGUUUGGGACAAUCAGUUCUAUCCUGACCUCGUUAAGUAAGUACAAAGGGUCAGGGUAUGGUGAAACUUCAUUAAUCGGUUGUGUAGAAAAAGUGACAAACUGCUUCUCAGUUCCGCGCGGUAGUUUCUUGAUACGCUCUCCAUUGAAUCACCAUGAGCAAAGAUUAGCAUGGGGAGCCAGUCAACUAAUCCUUACACAUGAUCUAUUUUCUUUCGAAAUGUUUAAGUAUACUGAACGUAUGAAAUGAAUAUGGGAUAAAUUAAAUAAAAGUUUGGUCAGGAAAAAACAAGAAAGUAAAAAAAUUAAUCAGAAAUACGAAAGAAGAAAAAUUGACUCGACCGAAUACUUCUCCUUAAAAUGUAAAACGAUCAACCCCUUCUUGUCUUCAACUACUUUUGUUUUUCCCUCAUCGUUACUUCAUUUUAUUUUUUUCUCGCAGGAAAGGCUCUAUGCUACUGCAGUUUGAUGUCGAUAAUGUUAACGGUGGCCUCAAGUUAAAUCCUGAUUUCUGUGUUGAUUUUGGAGACGAACCCGACGGUGCAGCCCUAGCUCAUGAAGUUCGUUAUCCGGGGGGAGAUUGCUCCUCUGAUAUCUGGCUAUAGUAGCCAAUAACAUGUAUCAGAUAAAUGUUACUUCACCAGGUCCAGAAUCAGUGAAAAAGGAAAUUGUACCCGCUAAAAUUUAAAUGCCCGAAAUAUAACUUUUUUCUAGCUAGCUUUUUUCUAGUUUCUUCAUUACUCGUAUUGAAAUAAAAUUCAUAUGUAUUUGUUUUUGCUAGAAUAGUCCUUUCUCUGUAACACAAUGAUCAACAAUUUGACAAACAGCUUUCAUGUUGCUGUGAAUCUGUUCAGAAACAGAUCACAGAUGAAUUCAAAAUGUGAUAAGAACAAAAAAGUGGCAAACCAGGUGCAGCCGAGUUUGUCAUUGAUCUUCUUACCACAUUUAAAAUUUCUAUACUACAUGUUAUAUGUAAUAAAGAAGCAAGAUUUUGUGGCUGUUGUGACUUCAUCGAUGUAGUUCAUAAGUGAGAACACAUUAAAAUGCCUGUAUGAUUAUGCUUAUUAAAUAAACA